AUGUUUAUUUCCUCAAACACAAAUUUUGCAGCAAUGGAUGCAGAACCAAAACCAUCUAAAGGUGGCUGGAUCACCUUCCCUUUUCUUAUAGCAACCAUGGCUGGUUUGACUCUAGCAGCGGGAGGAUGGGCAAAUAAUAUUAUCGUGUACCUAAUCAAUGAAUUUAACAUCAAAAGCAUCGAUGCUGCUCAAAUUGCAAACAUAGUCAAUGGUUGCACCACCCUAUUCCCAAUCUUAGGAGCCAUACUCGCGGACUCAUUUUUUGGCUCAUUCUCAAUAAUUUCGGUUUCAUCUCUUAUAUCUUUGGCGGGCAUACUGCUACUAACCCUAACUGCAACACUCGACUCGUUAAAGCCCGCACCAUGUGAAAACGGGUCGAACCUUUGCAUGGACCCAUCAAAAAGUCAACUCGCGAUACUGUACAUGAGCCUAGCUCUUUCGAGCAUUGGGCUCGCAGGUACACGAUUCACGUUAGCAACAAUGGGAGCAGAUCAAUUCGAUAACCCUAAAGAUCAAGGGGUUUUCUUCAAUUGGCACUUUUUUACUAUGUAUGCCGGGACACUUGUUAGUGUUGUGGGGAUUAUUUAUGUUGAAGACAAUGUGAGUUGGGGAUUGGGAUACGGUUUAUGUGUUGCGGCUAAUUUGAUUGGUUUAGUGAUUUUUGUGGUGGGAAGACGUAAUUAUCGGCUACUGAAGCCACAAACCAGUCCGUUUACUGGAUUGGCUUGUGUUGUGGUUGCAGCUUUCCGUAAAAGGAAAGUUUUGUUGUCACUUAAGAGUGAGGAUUAUUGUCAAGAGCAACGAGAUGGAGGAACAAAAUCGGUUAGAACAACCCCAACAAAUAGCUUCAAGUUCCUAAACCAUGCAGCUCUAAUAACCCAAGGGGACACCAUCAACAAACCAUGGAACCUAUGUACACUACAACAAGUCGAAGAUCUGAAAACCCUAAUCAGAAUCUCCCCACUCUGGUCAACUGGUAUUCUCUUAUGCACCCCUAUAGCCAUCCAAAUGAGCGUGAUAGUCCUCCAAGCUCUAGCCAUGGAUCGUCACUUGGGUCCCACUUUCCAAAUUUCAGCAGGAACCAUGAUGGUCUUCGUUAUGCUUUCAACUUCCAUCUCUCUCGCCCUCAUCGACCGUUUCCUUCUUCCCACAUACCAAAAACUUACAAACACCUCCCUCACACCCCUACAACGCAUAGGGGUGGGCCAUGCUCUGACUGUGUCAAGCAUGGCCAUUUCUGCACUGGUUGAGUCAAAACGGCUUGCUAUGGCUCGAUCACAUGACAUACACGGGAAUUCGGUCGUGCCAAUGUCCGUGUUUUGGAUGGUUCCACAGCUUGUGGUUGUUGGUGUUGGUGAAGCAUUUCAUUUCCCGGGUAAUGUGUCGUUGUAUUACCAAGAGUUUCCUAAGUCGAUGAAGAGCACAGCUGCUGCAAUGGUGGCCAUGUUUAUUGGAAUAGCGUUUUAUUUGGGGACUGCGGUGGUUGGGUUUAUGAGGAAGACAACGGGGUGGUUACCUGAUGGGAUUAAUGAUGGGAGGAUGGAUAAUGUGUAUUGGGUGCUGACUAUUCUUGGGUUGAUCAACUUUGGAUAUUACAUUGUAUGUUCAUGGUUGUACGAAUACCAAAAUGUCGAAAAGAUGGGAAUCUCAAGUUCAAGUCCUUGCUAAGUAAUCAUAUAUAUACAUAAUGUUAUAAUAAUUAGACAUAAUAGAAGCGGAAGAUAAAUUGUGAAGUAAGGAGUUUGAUGGUUAUAUUUGAAAUCUCAUUACUUGGGAUCAAUUGCGGAUAUAAGUUGUAUAAACCU